UGUAGUAAAGGGAAGAUCAGAGGCGUCAUCUGCAGCUCCAGCCCUAUUAAUCAUUGAGAUCAGUCACAUUGUGGAUGGGGAGUCGUCGUUCCAGUGAAAAUAAUGACUUCACUUCUUGACGACGCCCUGACAUUCCCCUAAGAUUCUGUAGCUUGCAGAGGAAACCACAGAGGGGUGUGAGAAGUUUUGGAAGUAUGUUUGAUUCCAGUCGUCUCCCGGAGGAGGUUCUGCUGCAGAUCUUGUCCCUGGUCCCGGCUACAGACCUGAUCCGUCACUGUGCGCUGGUCUGCACCCUGUGGAGGGACGUCAUCAAGUCUCCAACACUGUGGAAAAUGAAAUGUCAGGAUAUGGGGUACAUCUCCAGGGAGUGCACAAGAACCCCCAAAGACUGGAAGGUUUUCUACUAUUUAUCCAGCAAGAAGAGGAAUUUACUAGAAAAUCCCUGCGCAGCCGAUGGUUUUAAUUCCUGGAACAUUGAGCAAAAUGGGGGAAAUCAAUGGAAAAUAGAAGAUUUACCGGGAAACCAUGGACAGGACCACCCAUUACAGGAUGUUACCAAAUACUUUGUUACUUCUUAUAGGCCCUGCAAGAAAUCUCAGCUCAUUGACCUCAAGAAAAUGGGAUACGGGAAAAAACUUCUGGACCUCAUCCAACCAGAUAUAGUGAUCAGUGACUGGUAUGCAGCUAGAGCCGACUGUGGAUGUACUUAUGAGGUUCAUGUUAAGCUGCUUUCAGAAAAGAAUAAAAUUAUCAAGGAGUUUCAACCGGAACCAGUGAUCAUCGAGCAAUGGAGCGACGCACAGUGGCGCCAGAUGACGCACACCUUUAGUAACUAUGGACCAGGAGUGCGGUAUGUUUAUUUCCAGCAUGGAGGACAGGACACGCAGUUCUGGGCCGGUUGGUAUGGGAUCCGAGUGACCAACAGCCGGGUCACCAUUGAGCCUGAAGACCUCAGCGCCUGA